ACCGCCCGCGUUCGGCGCCACGAGUUCCGCCGUUCAUUCGUACCUCCGCCGCCGCACAGCGCUGGCGUCAACGUUGACAGUUCAUGUGAUUACAGGAGUCUUUGAAAAUACCCGGGAACAUGGAUAAGGAACACGCGCUCGAAGAAAUGAUGGGAAAGCUUGGGGACUUUGGCAAGUACCAGGCUUUCCAGUUCUUUCUCCAUAUCCUGGCGGCAAUGACUGCCGGUCUUCACAUGCUGUCCUUAGUCACUGUAGCCGCUGUACCAGACCACAGAUGCUGGAUAGACGGUGUGGACACAAACGAAUCCAUAGCAAGUUGGAAUUCUCCGAAAGUAUUGGAGUCAAUCCCUUUAACAAUGGCUGGUGGUUUGCAUAAUUGCUUAAUGUAUACAGAAGAUAACGAAACAACCACGUGCUCUAAAUGGGUCUAUGAUUCAAAAUAUAGAACAUCCUCUCGUGCCAUUGAAUGGGAUCUCGUUUGUGACCAAAGAUGGAAAGGAGCUUUAGCACAGACUAUUUACAUGUUAGGAGUAUUUACUGGAGCUGUAUAUUUGGGGGGUUUAGCAGACAAACUUGGGCGGAAAACAGUAUUCUGUUGGGCUGCUGUAUUACAGUUAAUAUUGGGUAUAGCUGUCGCAUUUAUACCCGAAUAUUGGUCAUUUUUAGUUGUUACUUUCUUUUACGCAAUAUUUGGAUCAGCCGGUGCGUAUAUACCGGCAUUCGUGUUAACUAUGGAAAUCGUUGGACCUUCAAAACGCACAACCUGUGGAGUAGCCUUUCAAUGUGCUUUUGCUGUAGGAAUAAUGUUAGUUGCUGGAUGGGGGGCAAUUAUAGAUAACAGAGUUAUUCUUCAAGUGGUUUAUGGAAUACAUAGUAUUGUUUUGAUACCGCAUAUAUGGAUUAUGGACGAGUCACCAAGAUGGCUCUGGUCCCAAGGGAGACCUAAAGAGGCUGUAGAUAUAGUACAAAAAGCACUAAAAUUUAAUAAUUCGGAUGAAGUUUUAAAUAGGGCUGAAUUGGUUUCAAAAGGUAAAAUUGAGGCGUCAAAAGGAUCUGAAGAAUCUGCAGCUGGUUUAUUUGAUCUGUUUAAAACACCGAAUCUGCGAAUUAAAACUAUAAACGUUUGUUUUUCUUGGUUCGCUAAUUCUUUAGUAUAUUAUGGACUGACGCUUAGUACCGGAAAAUUAGAAGGCAACCCAUAUCUUAUUACAGCCAUUUUUGGCAUUGUAGAAUUACCUAGUUACGCUGCAGUAAUCUACUUUCUAGAUAUUUGGGGUCGAAGAGCAUUAAUGAGUUCUAUGAUGAUAACAGGUGGAGGGGCAUGUGUUGUUGCUGCUUUUUUACCGGUAGGAUCUACAGUAUCGACUGUUGUGGUCAUUGCUGGUAAAUUGUUCAUUGCUGGUUCAUUUGCGAUUAUUUACAAUUAUUCUGCUGAAUUAUUCCCGACCGUUGUUCGGAAUUCGGCUAUUGGUUUGGGUUCAAUGUUUGCUAGGCUAUCUGGUGCACUGACUCCAUUAAUAACCUUAUUAGACUCUUUUAACCCCAAAAUACCUGCGGUAACUUUUGGUUGCGUUGCCCUAUUGUCUGGUCUCCUUGGUCUAUUCCUUCCUGAAACAAUGAAUCAACCAAUGCCUCAAUCUCUUUCUGAUGGUGAAAACUUUGGUAAAGGUGACACAUGUUUUUCCAGCUGUCUUGGCAAAAAAAGUAAUAAAACAUAUGCGAGUGAGGAUAAAAUAGCUGAAGCUAUGGUGCCUUUAGAAGACAUGAGUAAAAAAGCUUAAAAUAAUUAUGUUUCAAAGAAAUUAAAUUCAAUAAGCAUAUAAAUAAAUUGGAAAAUGUCAAAAUUAGACAACGUUCCGUCCAUAAGAUGUCAAACAUCAGAUAAUGUUGUAGCAAACUCUGGAACUUUGAAAUUAGAAUAAAGCCCUUACAAUUUAAAGAGCUUUUAUAAUAUGAAAAUAAUCUAUGAGGCUUAUAUUUAAAAAAGGGGUUUUCUAUAAAUCCCUUUUUAUUAUCUAAUAAGAAAUUUAUUGAUUCAAAAUGAUCUUCAUAAAUCUCAUAAUAUAUUUAGGUACACUUUAUUACAAAAUAUUUUGAAUAUUAAAUCUCGUGUAAACUUGAAGAAUGUAGAAAGAAUAGCAUGAUUAUGAUUUUAUUAUAAGGGUAGAUCCAUACGAAAUGGGCGUUAUUGAAACAUGUCAAUCACAUUAUUUUAAUUUUUUAUGGAUUUUAUUUAUAUAGCAAUUCAUUAAUUGAAAGGGGACCAUGUAAUUGAGAUCUCGAAAACAAAUUACAUGUCAAUGUGGAAAACACAUGAAUAAAAUACUCCAAAAUUGCAGGAGGCUAGAUUUUCAAAUGAUUGAUAAAAAUGUAGAUUAUUAGUUACUUUAUUACCAAAGCUAUAAAAUGUAUUAAAAUAUUGUUAUGUAUACUUGUUACAUCGUUAAUGUUAUAUAUUUUUAUUGAUUGUCGGACUUAUAUUGUGCUAUUUAAAUGGAUCUUGAAACUUGAUCUGAAAAUAUAUAUUUUUUUUUAAUUGAUAAGUAUAAUGAACGAAUAUAUAAUGCUUAUUAAACUGUACAAGGCUCGCAGAUUUACUUGUACUAUACAUGUUAAUUUUUAAGUGUAUAAAUUACUCAUAUAGUUUUGUUAGUUUGCUUGGUUGUUGUUCGUAAACUUCUAUUUUCCGUAAAAGAUAAAAAUGGACAAUGUUUGACUAAAAUUUACCUCUAGAUUAAGUAUAAAGAGAUAUUUUAUGAAAUGAAAUUAAACUACAUGACUAAAAAACUAUACUUCAAUCACAAAUUUUGGCAGUUAAGCUGUAGAUAAUAGUCAUAUUGAUUCAUAAACGCUUGAAUGAGGACAUCACAUAUUUUUAUUAUUACUUUAUAUGUUUAAUCAAGAAAUUAUUGUUGUUAACAACACAACACAUCCAAUCUUGCUUAAACGAAGGUAAAAUAUGAUUAAAGUUAUACAUAGAUAUUAAAUAGUCAUAGGUCUUCACAUAUUAUAAGUACUUUAUAUAUUUCUAUCAACUAUAUUUAAGCCCUAUAAUAUAGCAAGGUAUUUGCGAAAAAUUUAGCUAAAUUUACAAAUUGUUAAUGUUAUGUUGAGAUUAUAAAUUAUUGUUGAUCGGCGUUAAAAUUGCUAACAUUACUGCGCUAACAUAUUGUUAAUAUUAUUUUAGGACUAUAUAUUUUUAUGAUAACGGUAGUUAAUGAAUAGAACACGCCUAUGUUAUUGAGUCAUCAUCAUUGGAAAAACAAAUUGAAAUUAAAAAUUCUGAAGCUUUUUGUUUAUUUUAUGUUUGUUGUAUAAGAAAAAGUACUUAGAGUCUGUAAUUUUGCAAAAGUUUUUUAUGUUAAAUUUUUUAUUUUGGAAACUUCUUUACAGUCCCAACUUGAUAAAGUGAUAGUAGGUACUAAUUUGGAAUUGAUUAAUUUGAUCAGUGUUCCGCCUCUUUACUAUUCAAGUUAUUUGGUAUAAGGAAGAAAAAAACAAUGCAGAGAUUAAUUCAAAUACUGAUUGAACGUUAAUAAAUAAGGGGCGUUCGUGAUAUAGUUUUAAUUUAAAUUAAGUGACAAAUGUAUUGACUUACUAUCACAACUAUACUCUCAAUCAUUCAUUAAAUGGCGAAAGUACCUAACAUUAAAACAUUCAUCUAAAUUAACACCUUAUUUCGUGGCGGUAAUGCAGAAUUUUGCUCCAGAAAAUUUUAGCCCGUCGCAAUGACUUGUGAGUCUGGUUGUUUUAGGUACGUCAGUGGACAAAUAUUGUCAAUUUUGGUACUUUUUUGUCGCUUGAUUAUACAGAAUUAUGUGAUAGAUCAAGCGCAAUAUCGUACAAAUGUAAAUUCAUAUGGCAAGCUGAUGAAUCAAAGAAAAGAAUAAAUAUACUUGUGCUAU